AAGUGAUUUGUGGUCUCGAAGGCGAAGAUCUGCUGAAGGAGAACAAAGAGUUGAACGAAAUGUUGACUCUUAUGGAGAAAUUCCGCGUUUUGUUGAUCUCAAUGGUAAACAACUGUAAAUGCAAUACAGAAACCAAUAUCAGAAUCAAAUUCAAUCUUCUGAUGGAAGAAUAUCAUCACCUGAAUCACGUCCGCCACGAAUCCACGCCCAGUGAACAAACGAGCUUCGGAGACGAAACGCGAAAACAAACGCUCUUUGAUUCGAUGACCAAAACAGAAGACGGAAGAGAUCUCGAUCUUCGCGAACGAAUCGCGCGUCUGAAGCGCUUCGUGGCGCGACCCAAGACUUACGCCAAACGCGCGCCGAAGUGCGACCCGAAGACUGAGCACACGUUUGCGUGCGUUUGGCCGCAAUGUCACAAACAGUUCAAAGCCAAAGUCGAUAUGAAGACACAUCUGUGGCGCCACACCGGAGACAAGCAAUACGUGUGCGAAUGGCCGGGUUGCGGAAAACGGUUUCCCAUAAAACGCAAUUUGACGCGACAUCGAGAGACACACGAAGGCACCAAAGCGUUCGCCUGUGAUUGGCCCGUAAGACCGUUGUUGUUGUGUUCGGAACUGAUGUUUGGUUUGGGUUGCGAUUACAAGUCGUGGUAUCCGCAGGGCGUGAGAGCGCACAAGAAGAGACACACGGAUGAGCGGCCGUACAAGUGUCGGCACUGCGAGUGGACGUUCCGCCAGAGCCACCACUUGAAGGCGCAUACGUUGAAACACACGGGUUGUCAAGUGUUGCUCUACAUUGUUCUGAACGUGCUUUGCUUUGCAGGUGAGAAGCCGUUCGGUUGCGAACACGAGGGAUGUGUCCAAAGGUUUCAAUCGCGACAAGCGAUGAAAUUCCAUUUGGAGAGGACUCACAGAGCGAAGGACGAGACGAUGGAAAAGCCUCGCGGUGUCAACGAUCUCGUGUCACGCGAGAGAAACCAGUUAUUGAAAGAUCCGAAAUGUAAACAAAACGUGACAGAAAUGAGCGGCGAAUCGGUUGCGGACGCGCGACAACUGGAACAACACUUCCGGUCAGUGGACAGGGAUGGCAGCGGACACAUCAACGCCAGUGAACUCCAGUCGGCGCUUUCCAACGGAACCUUUCGUCCCUUUGACAUCCAAACCAUCUCGUUAAUGAUAGCGAUGUUUGACUCGCAAAACACCAAAACAAUCAAUUUCGCGGACUUCACGCGAUUGUGGCGUUACGUCACUGAUUGGCUCAAGUGUUUCCAGAGCUUCGAUGGCGACAAUUCUGGACACAUCGACGCGCGAGAGUUGGCCAAAGCGUUGACCGCUUUUGGGUACCGCUUUAGUGACGAGUUUUACGCAAACCUUUUGUCCCGAUUCGAGGCAAACCUGCAUUUCGACGAUUUCAUAAAGAUUUGCAUUCAUUUGCAAUCGUUGACCGAAGAGUUCCGAAAACUGGAUUCCAAUCUUUCGGGAAAUAUAACGCUUUCUUACGAGAAAUUCGUUUCUCUGGUCUUUAAUAUAGUUUUGAAGAAAUGAUUUUUAAUCACAAAAAGUAAUCAUAAUUGUAAUGAAAAUAAUAAUUCAUUUAAAACGCGAAUUCAUGAAAUAAAAAACAAC